AUGUCCGAGAUGAAUGAUUCAAAGGAUGAACUCUCCGUCCAUCUCGAUGUACAUAGUAAUGAGGGCGAUGUUGUAGACGUGGUGAAAUAUGCUACAGAUGUGCUCAAUAAUGGCUUACUCAAUGGUCAGGAAGAAGAGGAAGAAGAAGCCGAUGAUGGUGAAGAUAGUAAUGGUAACCAUCACGGCAAUAUUCCUAGACACUGUUUAAAAGGGCCAAGCUCGCAUGAUCUAGGGGAACAUAGAGAUGAAACUGAUGUUAAGGAUGAUGAUGCUGUUGCUGUGGAUAUCGAUAGAUUUCGAAUGGAAAUGGAAAGUAUGGGUGAAAUAAAUAUCAAUGGAUUGAGCGGUGACCAGCCAGUCUUCCCCACUAUUGAAGCCAUGAGAACAGUUCAACAACAGAGAAAGAAGAGACAAUUCUCAAGCAUUAUUGAUGAGGACAUCAAAGAAUUCCAACGAUGGACGUCAAGGUUUUUAGUAGAUGCUUUGGAUGAUUCCACUACCGAUGUAGCAAUUGAAGAUAGUGAUGAAUAUGGAUUUCCACAGACUACAGCAGAACAUUUCACUGAUCCUGUUGAUGACAGUGGUUUCAAAAGAAAAAAAAUAGUGAAAAAUGAAACACCCGAUACUCAUGCCACCGAUCGUAAGGGUAGCGAUAGUAAUCUGCAUGAACAAAAUGACGUUAUUGUCGACGUUGGCCAGCAAAAUGGUAUUGAUUUGUCUAAGAAGAAAGUUAACAUCAUCAAAUUUGAGGGCUUAGAUAUUGAUAAGGAGGAGCAUCUACACACUACCAAGAAUGAAGAAAAUGUUGAUCCCGAACUCUCCAAAUUUGAUUCCAAUACCUUUAGUGAUGAUCUUAUCAAUGUCAGUUUAGAAUAUUUACAAAGAAGAAUUGAAAGUGGUCAUGUUGGUGAAAAGAUAGCCGAUGGUGCUGACAACGAUGUUGGAAAUCGUACUGUUGAUGGUGACAACAAUGAAGACGCAGAUGAUGAUGAAAAUUUGGCAGUUGAAGAGGUCAACCGUGUUGUUAACCAAGCUGUUGCCGCAGUUCGUGCAGACGCAGCAAGAAAUGAGGGGGUUGAGCAUAUUGAAGACAUUAAAGAACUAGAUGGAGACGGGGACGAAGAACACGGUGCUGAUACGGAUGUUAUUGCAGCAGCAAUUGUUGCUGCGGAGAAUGCAGUUCGGAAAAGGCUAAAAAUCGAUAGUAUGGGAACGCUGGACCAAAUAAAAGAUAUAUCAAUUCCAAUAACGAACGAGCCAACCCUGACAACUGACCAGAGCUCAAGUAAGGUUUUGAAUUUUCAGAAAGUUAAAGUUGGUGCUGAUGGUGGAGGGCUUGAGACGUCUACUAAGCCUAAAAAAGCGAAUAAGAAGAAUGCAACAACUAAACAGACUGUUUCCAAGGCAAAGAAAAACAAAGAGAAAAGAGACGAAUUUGAAUUGCUAAUUAAGGGCAAGCUAGAUGAGGCUAUUAAAAAGGCAAGGGAGAAAAUUGCGGAUUUGAGUAUAAACAGUCGAUCUUUCACGAAGGAAGAAAUGGAUGCCAUUGACAUAUUUAUCAAAGAGUAUCAAAAAGUACAUGUAAUGACGCAUGAAGCAUUUCUCAAGAGGAUCUGGGGAAAUGAAAGGAAAAAGGAUAAAUUCUGGGAAGUGGUCCAGCACGUCCUACCGAAUCGUACACGCUCGUCACUAUACAAGCAUAUCAGAAGAACGUAUCACAUAUUUGAGAAAAGAGGUGUGUGGACACCUGAAGAAGAUAAGAAGCUAAAGGAAUUAACCGAGACAUGUGAUGGGAAAUGGAAAGAAAUUGGGGAAAUUAUGAAACGAAUGCCCGAAGAUUGUCGGGACCGAUGGAGGAACUAUGUCAAAUGUGGAGAGUCUCGGAAUGUCAACAAAUGGACCAAGGAGGAAGAAGAUAGGUUAAAGGAAAUAAUAACGCAGGUAUUAGACCAUGCCAGGAAAGACAUUGACGGUAAAGAACAACCGAUACGAGAAGCACAAGUUGCGCCUACAAUCAACUGGAACAUCAUCAGUGAAAUGAUGGGGGGCACCAGAUCACGUAUUCAAUGUCGCUAUAAGUGGAAGAAGAUUAUGAAGAUGGAGAGCGUCAAUAAACUCCAGAAAAUGGACAGCGAUACCCAGCAGUGGUUGAUUGAAAGGCUUUAUGAACUGUCAGAGAAGGACCCGUAUCUUGAGGCUAACCUCGAUUGGGACGCACUGGCAUUGACGGCUCCCUCGUCAAAGAUAAUAUGGAAUGGUGUUGAUCUAAGCACUUGCUUUGCACGUUUGAAAACACGGGUCGACUGGAAGGGCAAGACUUUUUUCGAAAUCGUGGCGCAGUUGCGUGAUGCGCUGAGCCCCGCGAAAUGUGUGGCGCAGCUGGAGAAUAACCAGGCUUGGAAUGUGGAGGGCGAGACCCAUUAG